GAGUCGACCUACCCGCACAUGUUUACAAAUACCAGGUAACGAAAUCUGCGUGUUAAGUCAGUGGAACAAACGUCCUGUUUAAAAUGAGGCCAUCGUAUUACUUCCUGGUUGAUCGACAGUCUUAGAAGAAGCCGCAAAAAGCUGAAGUCAUGAUAUAUUAUUCUAUUAUCGUAUAUUUCUUUAUUCUACAAACUAAACCUGCAUUCGGUGCUUUUGAAAAUGUAGCAGUCGGGAAAACUGCUGAUCAGAGUUCAUACCUCUCCAACUGGAUAAAAAAUGCCACUAAUGCUGUGGAUGGUUCCAUCGCGACGUGUAUCCAUACCGAUGUGGGCAAAGAUAAUUCCUGGUGGGAGGUGGAUAUGGGUAAAGAAUAUUUCAUUCACCAAGUUGGUAUCUACUUCAGGACAGGCUGGAAAUGGAGGCGAAAUGGAAUCCAGGUGUACACGUCUAUGUCACCGCGACAGACUGUUACUGGACAGCCAUGUGGUGAACAAAUCACAGGUAACAUGGAUGGAUCUGACAUUGCCGAUGUAACAACUAGAACAUGUGAUGUUACAGGGAGGUACGUGACACUCUACACCAACACUCUUAAUAAAGACUCGUGUAACGCCUGUGAUGGCGGAAAAGCCAUGGAUUUCUGUGAAGUGUUUGUUAUGGCAUGUGAACUUAACGUCAAAUAUGGGCCUAACUGUAACAAGAUGUGCAACGAUCGUAAAUGCGCUACAAAAACGUCAUCCUGCGACAUGAUUGGCACUUGUAUUGGUGGAUGUCAAGCUGGUUGGAAGAACACAGACUGUACUGAAGAGCAAAACUAA